GAAAAUUUUUGUUUCCUCCUGUAAAAUGUCGAGAUCAAACUAUAUUGGCGAUUUAGUUUUUGUGCACUGGAUGACAACCUUGAGGCUCUCUAGGAUAUGAUCAUCAAUUGAAUUCCGCGAUGUUAAGCGCUUUAAAGAACUCCAAGCCGAAAGAUCAGGAAGCAUACGCCGGCGUGAUCGAUGGGCUUUGUAAAAUGUACUUUAACAAACUGCUUCCUCUUGAAAACGCAUAUAAAUUCCAUGAUUUUCACUCACCUCCACUAGAAAAGAGUGACUUUGAAUCAAAGCCAAUGGUUUUGCUUAUUGGUCAGUAUUCCACUGGAAAAACAACUUUUAUACGUUACUUAAUUGGCGAAGACUUUCCUGGCAUCCGAAUAGGCCCAGAACCAACGACUGAUAGUUUCAUAGCUGUCAUGAACGAUGUAAGGACUGGGAUUAUUCCAGGAAAUGCACUCGUAAUGGACCAUUCAAAGCAGUUCCGACCUCUUUCUAAAUUUGGAAAUGGCUUUUUAAACCGAUUCCAGUGUGCUCACAUGCCAAAUGACGUUCUAGAUGGGAUAACCUUUAUUGACACACCUGGCAUUUUGAGUGGUGAGAAACAACGUGUUGAUCGUGGAUACGAUUUUUCGGGUGUUAUUGAGUGGUUUGCAGAACGCGCAGAUAGAAUCAUAUUACUUUUUGACGCCCACAAGCUGGAUAUAUCGGACGAGUUCCGGCGAGUUAUUGAGGUUCUGAAGUCGAAUGAAGACAAAAUACGCAUCGUUUUAAACAAGGCAGAUAUGAUUGAUUCUCAACAACUUAUGAGAGUAUAUGGUGCUUUAAUGUGGAGUUUAGGAAAAAUAUUGAAUACACCUGAAGUAGCACGUGUAUAUAUUGGUAGUUUUUGGGAUCGUCAGUUAGUAUUUGAUACUAAUCGAAAGUUGUUUGAAUUGGAAAAAAUGGAUUUGUUCCGUGAUUUGGCUACUCUACCUGCAAAUGGUACUUUGAGGAAGUUGAAUGAUUUCAUUAGACGUGCUCGUCUUGCCAAAGUUCAUGCUUAUGUUAUUUCUUAUUUAAAAAAAGAAAUGCCAACAAUGGUUGGUAAAGAUGCUAAGAAAAAAGAACUUAUCAAUAACUUAGCUAAAGUGUACGAUACUAUAUCACGAACACAACAUAUAUCACUUGGUGAUUUCCCUAACAUUAACAGAAUGCAAGAAUGUUUAGAAGUACAUGAUUUUAGAACAUUUUCUGCACUGCAACCAAGGCUAAUCAAAGUUGUCGAUGAUAUGUUGUCAAGUGAAGUAGCAAAGUUAGUACAAAUGAUUCCAACGGAACGUGAUGCAGUCGUGGAAACACGUGGUCCAGCUGUUACAGGUGGCGCAUUCGAUACAUCUGAUACACCAUUCAGUUUCCAUGCUGGUGAAGGAUUUGAAGAAGGUCGCUUUGAUAACGAAUGGGUUGUUAAUCGUCAUAGAGAGUCAUGGAAUGAAGAUUUUAACAAGCUAAAUCCUGUGGAUGGUAAAAUUAGUGGUGAAGCUGCACGUAGUUAUAUGCUCAAAUCGAAUUUGCCUAAUAGUACAUUGAGAAAUAUUUGGAUAUUGGGUGAUCUUGAUCGUGAUGGUUGUUUAGAUGCGGAUGAAUUCGCUUUAGUGUGUUAUUUAAUUAAACGAAAACUAGAAGGCAAUGAAUUACCGACUAAACUUCCUGUGCAUUUAGUACCACCAUCUAAACAAAAUUGUGUACAAAUGCUUGGCAAUGGUUAUCAUAAAGAAUAAUGUGUUUGUAUCAGAAAGUUUCUCUUUUUUUGAUGUUUAUUAGAACAAAGAAGAAUGCGAACUCGAAGAGAACAAUGGGACAAUGAACUACUAUCGACCAGCUUGUUUCUUGUUUUGUUUUUUUUUCUUAUUUAAUCGCUAUCUUUACUUAUAACAUUUGCUGCCCGCUUUGUGUUUUUUAAAAAUUGAACAAUCUAGUCAGAAAUUUUUUUUUAAUCGAAUCAUUAAUUUUUACCUUUUAAAAACAUUUGCUUCCGAUCUAAGCAUCCUAUAUCUAUAUAUAUAUCUAUAUCUUUACAAACAUUUUAGGUACCAACCUUAUAUUAUUACAAUUACUAACCAGUAUGUGUCAGUUCUGUAUAAAAAUCAUAAGAAAGGAGUCAUGAACAUUUUGUUACACACAACCAUAGUUAUCAUACUCUCUUUUUUUCGUUUUUCAUGUGCCUUUCCAGUUGGUUUGCUUUUAAUGGAUAAGAUACUGUUGUCUGUUUUGCAAAUUUCAUCUAUAUAACAGACCUAUAAUAUUGUUUGUUUGUUUUUUUUCCUUCAAAUUUUUAUCAGUAUUACAAACAACAAACAGUAUACUCUGAUAUUAUCAUUGUGUGUUAUGCUUAUUUGACAAUAUGUUAAUUCAUUGUUUUUGUUUUGAAAAAGAGAUAGAGAAAAUCAAUGAAAACAUUAGAUAAUUUUUUAUUUGUAAAGUAAAAAAAAACAAAACAAUUUAUUCACAUCGGUUUGGACUAUAAAAAACAGUUAUACAUAUUAUUACCAUUAUUACUAGUAAUACUUCCCUAUUCUCCUUUCUUUUUUUCUACAAAUAUCCAUAAUGAUACAUGGGAUUCGUGUGAUAAAAGGUGAAAAGUUUGAAAUCAUAAAUUAUUAAUCUUUAUACUAUAAUAAUGUUGGAUGUUUGCUUUUUCCGCACUUAGUAAUUUUCUAUCAACGAUUAAUCCUGGUGAUGAUAAUGUAAUGAUUGGAUUGUUUUGUUUUUUAUUCCAAAGUGAACAGUUGAUAUUGUGUUUGGUAGAUUUGCUAUAUUGUUGUCAUCUCUUACACUAGUUUAAUCGUGACUAAAAUAAUGUGAUGAAGAGAACGAAAUGAUCAAUGCCUUGUUUGUUUACGAUUGAUGAAGCUGUAAACUAAAUUGAAUUGUAUCACGGUCUGUUUUUACUUCAAUUACGUGAGUGAAACUUUCUCAACACUUGAAGUCCUGAUUUAAACUUUGUUUUUUAUCAGUAUGAUCGAAGGAAACUUAUUCUUACUUGUUUGUUUGAACAUUUUCAUGUUUGUUUAGUAUUUAUUCAAUAAACACUAUUCUGUACGAAAAAUUUGUUUCCAUACAAAUGGAUCUAGUUUAUUUGACAAGUGAUUAAAUAGGUUUAUGUUUAUUAGAAAAUUCUUUUACAUGAGUUUACAUUUAUAUACGACGAAUUCAUCACAGUUCAGUUCGUAUUGUUUCAAAAAUAAACGCAUUAUGAACGAAAAUAAACCUAAUCAUCAAUGCUAUUUCAUAUUUAUAACUUGUUAUACCGAUAACAUUCUUCAAUGAACGUUACGAUAUUGAAUAAUUUAUUUGCUAACCAAUCAAGUCAUUCGUUUAUGCAUGUUGUCACUUUAACUUUUUAAGAACAAUUCACAACCACGUAAUUUUAAAUGCAUUUUUCUACUACGAGUUAGACUUUCUUGUUAUUUUUACUUUCUUGAUGCAUGAUGAAAUAUGAGCGUUUUUCCUAUGAAAAUAAUAUAAAGUUUCUACUUACUUUUACUAGAAUGCUAGCUUCAUAGUUAAGUUAACUGACAUU